AUGCCAUCUAGAGAGUCCUACGAGGUUCACAAGGAAGAAAAGUCCCUUGUGCAAAAGGCCAAACGAGAGGCCAAUCAGGAGGAUAUUCUGGCGGCAGCUCUGGGGAUGAGGAUGGGGCCACAGAAACCUCCAGCCACUUUCUGGCAGCCACUUAAACUAUUCGCCUAUUCACAGCUCACCUCACUGGUCCGCAGAGCCACACUGAAGGAGAGCGAGCGGACACCCAAAUCUGAGAAAGUCCACAACUUCAAGGUCCAUACCUUUCGGGGGCCUCACUGGUGUGAACACUGUGCCAGCUUCAUGUGGGGACUGAUGGCUCAGGGGGUCAAAUGUGCAGAUUGUGGUUUGAACGUCCAUAAACAGUGCUCUUCUCUGGUGCCCAAUGACUGCAAGCCAGACCUGAGACACAUCCGUAAAGUCUACAGCUGUGACCUCACAACCCUGGUGAAAGCUUAUAACACAGCGCGACCCAUGGUGGUGGACAUGUGCAUACGAGAGAUUGAGUCAAGAGGACUGAAGUCUGAAGGCCUCUACAGAAUAUCUGGAUUCAGUGAUUCAGUGGAAGAAGUCAAGAUGGCGUUUGACAAAGAUGGCGAGAAGACAGACAUCUCAGGGAAUGCCUAUGAAGACAUCAAUAUCAUCACGGGCGCACUGAAACUGUACCUAAGGGAUUUGCCUGUUCCCGUCAUCUCCUAUGAUGCUUACCCGAGGUUCAUCGAGGCUGCAAAGUUCACAGACCCAGAGAAGAAGCUGGAAGCUUUCCGCGAGGCUUUAGCUCUGCUGCCGCCAUCACACAACGAAACUUUGAAGUUCCUCAUGGCACACUUAAAAAGGGUGACACAGAAUGAGAAAUUCAACUUGAUGAACGCAGAGAACCUCGCCAUCAUUUUUGGACCCACCCUUAUGCGUGCACCAAACCUGGACGCCAUAACAGCACUCAAUGACAUCCGCUACCAGAGACAGGUGGUGGAGGUGCUCAUUAAAAAUGAAGAUGUGCUCUUUUAAACACAGAUCAGUUCAGGACUUUUAUAGAAAAGCCAUCUAAUCAUUCUUUUGUGUAAAGACUUGAAUAACUGUUUGUAUUACAUUGAUUGAUACAUUUUUUUCAUUUUUUUUGGA